AAGCAGAAACUGCGUCUGUCAACACAGUCCUUCAGCACAGGGCUGUGUGUGAUCUGCCGGGCAUCUGUGUAAUACACGGUCUCUUUUAUUAGUCUUUUUGUUGUAUUGAAAAUGACCAAACUCCAGCUGUUGAACGCGUAUCUGACGGAGCGGUUAGGGGAGGUGGUGCGCGAGAUUUUGGAUGUGGUGGAGGACACAGUGUCCGAGUACCUCGAGGAAACGGCGCGGACUCGCCGAGAGAACGACAGUCUCCGGAGACAGCUGCGAGACGCCGUGCUGCUCGCCAAGACGGACUUAUUCGGUCCGGCCCCUGCUGAUGAGGUCUCGGCGGUCAGGCAUGUGGAGUGGACGCCUACAGCUCAUCAGGACCCCAGAAUAAGCCCCGCCCCUCCUGGCGGCGGCCAGAGGCUUAGAGGGGAGGGGUCAGAGGUCACGGCGAAAGAGGAGCCAAUCGAAGAGCCGCUGAGGUGUCCGGAGUCUGAGAGCUUACCCGGCCGUGUCCAUGGAGACGCCUUGACCUCUGACCCCCAGAUCAAAGCAGAGCCCGAGGAGGCCGACAUCACAGUGACCAUCACGACGGACAUGCUGUCCAUGACUCCAGACUCUGCAGCACACACACACACACUCCUCCACGCUUGGGGCGUCCGGCCGCACACACCUUUACACACGCACCACCCCCCUCACUGGUGCAGCAGUGCGGUGUGUGUGGCGAGGUGUGUGUGGGCCACGGGGCACUGCAGCAGCACCAGCGCAGCGGAUCUCACCGACGUCCCUUCGGCUGCGAGUGUUGCGGACGCCGCUUCACACAGUCAGCUGAUCUGCGGCGACACAUGCGCACACACACCGGAGAACGACCGCACCAGUCAAUAUCACACCGAAUUCUCCUUAAUGCAGUUUGGGGACAAGAACAGAGCAAGCCAGCCCCUCAUCUGUGAGGCUCAUGAGACAUGUAGCCCCCUCAUCUGUGAGGGCUCAUGGGACAUGUAG